AUGGAUAUCCAGGGCACCCCUCUUCCUCACACCACUCCCGGCACCAAGGUCACCACCGACCCUCGCUCACAGCAGCGCAUCGAGGAAUCAUCUGGACCUAUUACCAAUGACUCGCUUGCCGCCGAGUCCAUCCGCCAAGGUGGCGGCUUCUCUGGCAACCGUGGCGCUGAAGCAAUGGGCGUCUCGGCAAACCAAACCACAGUAAAUAAUGCCAAUACCUCCGCCUCCAUCAAGCUUCCCUCUGCCUCAUCCAGCAGUCAUCGCCAGGAUCGCCACGAGGAACAGAAGUACCCAGAAUGCGUGGUUGGCCAAGGGAACUUCCCUGGCACACACCUAGACAACUCUGGGUACGCCGGUGGCUCAACUGCCGCCAAGAAGGAAAUGGGCAUCAAGGCUGGUGAAUACUCUGCUGCAAGCGGCAGCCGUGGUAUUAGUCAGUAUAACGCCGGCCAUGACAUCCAAGAGGGUGGCCUCCCUCCCGACAAUGCUACGAAUGUGAGCUUCAACUCGGAACUUGGCUCCAGCGAGGACCCCGGCCGUGAGGCUAUUAAUCAGGCCCAGCGCAGUAAUGCCCGCACGGCUUACAGUUCUGGCCAUGUCGAGCAGAAGGGCGUGGAUCCUCAGAACCUCUACGACAAUUUGGACAGUGACCAGCGUGCUUAG